CAUGUUGGAGCUACAUUGGAUUCAGGCUGGGAUUUUCUGACGCCGUAUGUUUUUCUUUAAAUAUCUGUUUUCAUACAUUGUUGGGGUUCGUCAACCGUGCGCGAUCAGCGCCGUAAUCGGCAGUGGAAAUGAUGAACUCCAGUGUCGACCUGUCCCGGCGGAAUCCGCAGGAGGAUUUCGAGCUGAUCCAGAGGAUAGGAAGCGGCACAUACGGAGAUGUGUACAAGGCUCGUAAUGUAAACACAGGAGAGCUGGCUGCUAUCAAAGUCAUCAAACUGGAACCCGGUGAGGACUUUGCAGUCGUGCAGCAGGAGAUUAUAAUGAUGAAGGACUGUAAACACUCCAACAUUGUUGCCUAUUUUGGCAGUUAUCUCCGAAGAGAUAAGUUAUGGAUCAGCAUGGAGUACUGUGGAGGUGGUUCUCUGCAAGAUAUCUAUCAUGUAACUGGGCCUUUGUCAGAAUCACAGAUAGCUUACAUGUCACGGGAGACCCUACAGGGUUUAUACUACCUGCACAAUAAAGGCAAAAUGCACAGAGACAUUAAGGGAGCCAACAUCCUCCUGACAGACAAUGGCUAUGUGAAACUAGCUGACUUUGGCGUAUCAGCCCAGAUCACAGCAACCCUAGCAAAGAGGAAGUCAUUCAUUGGAACUCCUUACUGGAUGGCUCCUGAGGUAGCAGCAGUGGAGAGGAAAGGGGGUUACAACCAGUUGUGUGAUAUCUGGGCUGUGGGUAUCACUGCAAUAGAGCUUGCUGAACUGCAGCCACCCAUGUUCGACCUGCACCCAAUGAGGGCUCUGUUCUUAAUGACAAAGAGUAAUUUCCAGCCUCCUAAGUUGAAAGAUAAAGUGAAGUGGACGAAUAACUUCCACCAUUUUGUCAAACUGGCUCUGACCAAGAACCCAAAAAAGAGACCCACAGCUGAGAAACUGCUGCAGCACCCUUUUGUUUCCCAGCCUCUCAGCAGGACGCUAGCGAUUGAGCUGCUGGAUAAAGCCAACAACCCCGACCACAGCACCUUCAACGACUUUGAUGAUGACGACCCUGAGCCUGAGUCCCCGGUUCCUUAUCGUAUCCGCUCCACCAGCAGGAGCACCAGGGAAGGAAAAACACUGUCCGAGAUGAAAUUCGAUCAAGUGAAGUUUGAUAGUCUUUUGGAAAAGGAAACACAACCUCAUCAUGAACCGUGUGAUUCUGAGCCCUAUCUGGACUGUGUUGAGGAGCUCUACUAUACAGCAAGAUCUAAUCUGGAUUUGCAGCUGGAAUACGGUCAAGAUUCAUCACGUUUUUUGGGGGGAAACAAGAGUCUUCUCAAAUCGGUGCAGGAGGAGCUGCAGCAGAGGGGCCAUGUGGCACGCUUAGGGGAUGAUGAGGAUGAGGAUGAUGAUGGUGCAGAUGAUGAUGAAACUCACACUCAUAAAUCAGGCACCAUCAUGAGGCCAAGGGUCCCACCCCCACUUCCUCCUAAGCCCAAAUCCAUGUCCUCACCCCAUAAUCAGACGGAUCAAAAACAUGACGACAGCCACUCACACAGUGAAGAUGACGGUGGAGGGGGAGGGACCAUCAAGCGCUGCCCAGUGCCAGAGACGCCGAGCCCCGCCAAGCCCGCCUCCUAUGUCCCCCCGCGUCCCCCGCCCCCGAAGCUGCCGCCCCACCGCCGCAGUAGCCUAGGUAAUGGGCUGAACUCGCCCCACAAUGGCGAGAGGGCCUCCCCAGCAGAGAGGCAGUCCACCAUGCCACCUAGUGUCCCCAUACGGAAAGACAAGAAGGAUGUUCCGAAGCCAAUCAGUAAUGGUCUCCCCCCAACACCCAAAGUCCAUAUGGGUGCGUGUUUCUCCAAGGUGUUCAACGGCUGUCCCCUCAAGAUCCACUGUGCCACUUCAUGGAUCAACCCUGACACCAGAGACCAGUAUUUGAUAUUCGGAGCAGAAGAGGGAAUCUACACAUUAAACCUCAAUGAGCUACAUGAGACAACGAUGGAACAGCUCUUCCCUCGGCGGUGUACCUGGUUAUAUGUCAUGAACAAUUGUCUUCUUUCCAUAUCUGGAAAAGCCUCUCAGCUGUACUCCCAUAGUCUAAGCGGUAUGUUUGAACAGGCCAGACAGUUACAGAAGUUACCAGUAGCCAUUCCCACACACAAGCUUCCUGAUAAGAUCAUUCCCAGGAAGUUUGCUGUGUCCAAUAAGAUUCCAGAGACUAAAGGGUGCCAAAAGUGCUGCGUAGUUCGUAACCCAUACACAGGUCAUAAGUACCUGUGUGGAGCCUUCCAGUCAAGUGUCAUGCUGCUGGAGUGGGUGGAGUCAAUGCAGAAGUUCAUGCUCAUCAAGACUAUUGACUUCCCACUGCCAUGUCCGUUGGAGGUCUUUGAAAUGUUGGUGGUCCCUGAACAGACCUACCCGCUCAUCUGUGUCGCAGUCAGUAAAGGAACUGAACUCAACCAGGUGGUCCGAUUUGGCACAGUCAAUCCCAACUCUACCUCCUCCUGGUUCACAGAAGCAGAAACCCCACAGACAUGUGUGAUCCAUGUCACUCAGCUAGAGAGAGACACGAUCCUAGUCUGCCUCGACAGGUGUAUAAAGAUAGUGAAUCUCCAGGGUCGGUUGAAAUCCAGCAGAAAGUUGUCAGCCGAGCUCACCUUCAACUUCCAGAUUGAAAACAUCGUUUGCCUCCAAGACAGUGUAUUGGCCUUCUGGAGACAUGGCAUGCAGGGACGGAGUUUCAAGACUAAUGAGAUCACUCAGGAGAUCUCAGACAACACACGCAUCUUCAGACUACUGGGAUCAGACAGGGUGGUGGUGUUGGAAAGCAGGCCUACGGACAACCCUACAGCCCACAGCAACCUCUACAUCCUGGCAGGCCAUGAAAACAGCUACUGAGACAGGCACACUAACAUACGUGCACAUAAAACACGCUCUGUAGACACCCCAGCUUUAGUACAGGAAAGGGAGUAAGCGACACACUCAUCCCAACUCCACUUUUAUCCCACCCCGCCUUCAUCUUCUCACCUGGCCCGACUAGCAGUGUGUCUGGGAGAUGUUCAUCAGUGCACACGCGGAGUCCCAGUUGCAGCGUUUUAUAAAGAACUGCAGUGUUAUGUGUAUCAGUGAAGUGUGCGUGUGGCGUUAGAGCAGUGGGUUGUAGACCCGUUUCUGACAGGGUCAGGGUUUUAAAACUCUUGGCCUGAGGCCGCUUUAGGUCGGGAUAGCCAGCUGAAUCUCUGGCCCCUUCCCUCUACCCUGGAUACAUCACACUGGGAACAAUGUCUAGCACGGAAAUUUGACUCCAACACUACUUCUACUACUACUACUUCUACAUAUGCUACUAACACUACUGCUACUGCUGUUUGCGCUAAAGCUUCACAGAAGGGCCAUCUUGCACAGAAAACCUACCCUUCUUCUUCAUUGCUCCUCCUUCCUUUUUUCCUUACUUGUCCCUUUUUUUUUAAACCACACCUUUAUUUAUUUUGGCAUGACAUGCUUUUAACAACCAGGAUGACUUUCCUGUUUUUAUUUGUUGUCUUUUUAAAAAAUAAAAAAAAGAGAAAACCAACUAAAAAGCUUUGCCACUUUCGCUAGCAUCAAAUUCCAAUACUCGUCACCACACAAGUGCUUAAUUGACCUCUAUUUAAUUGUUGUAAAUAUAAGUGUAGUAUUAUUUUUGACAGAGACGAACACUAAAAGGGUUGUGUAGAUAGGUGUGUGUAUAGUUGGUCUGUACAACUGUGGAGACGAAAAGAGAGACAAAUAGGCACAUUACAACAGUAAAUUCACUUCCUAGCUCCUUGAUCAUGUGACUAAAGUCAUGAAAUAAAUACCCCUGCAGUCUCACAGGCGAACAUCUUUAGUAAACUCAUGGCGUGGACCUCAGGAUCAAAUUGAGCAAACACAGGACACCGAUUGGCCAUUUUUCACUCUCAGCACGUCGCUGUCAUAACUUCCUGCUUGUUGUCAUCAUGUGACCGUCAUCAGGGUGGACGAAAAUGAUCAUUUCUGCUCAUUUCAUUUUGUUUCUUCUUUUAUUUUUUAAUCAGAAAUCUUUGUUUAUUCUUUAGCAAUAUAUAUUUUUUUUGCUAUUUUUAUUGAACCACUGGUGUUACAAAUUUGCACAGAGAAAAAUGUAUUUCAUAAACAAAUGUGAUGUCAUUAUAAUAUAUGACCUUGUGUGUGUGUAUGCACAGUGUGUAUGUGUGUGCGCGUCUGUGUGCGUAGACAUAGAAUAUGCACAUAUAAGAGUGUCAUGUACAGAUCUGGUCUUUAACAAGUGACAAGUUUCUGGCCAUAUUCAAAAAAAAAAAAAGCAUCAGCAGAUAAGAAAAUACAAAAGAAAAGCUGGAUAUACAGAAAUAAAAUCAUUUAAUUAUAUCUGGUUAGGCUGAAAUCUAAUUAGCUUUUAGCCCAUUGGACAGAAAUGAUGUGUUUACAAAGUAAAAUGCAGACCUGAAUCAUCUGCAGCCAGCCUGUGUUCCACAGUUUUCCACAGCCGUUCAGUUUCUAAAAGGGCAAAAGUCACACAGAGACUGAACAGCGACCCACUGGCAACCGCUGGUCACUAGAGAAAAGUUAGCCCUAGUGUUGUCUGACCAGUUAAUUAGUAGUUGUUGGUUGCUAGGUGAAACUGGUCACAAAGAAGUACAGCGCUUUUACGGAUUUAUUAGACCACCACCCAAUGUAAGGUUUAUGCCACAGCUGCUUUACUGUUUUAUAAAAACUGUUACAGUUAUUUGCUCACAUUCCUGAGCAGAAAAAUUAGUUGUUGAAUGUUUAGUUUGAUUCAGUGUGCAGGCUUAAAUCUGGGUAUAAAAGUAAUAGUUGCCUCCUUUAAAAAAUGCUGUUUGCUGCGAUGAAGCACAACUUAAUUUAUGUUUGUCCACAAAUCUGCAUCUACCAUCCGAACUAUGGCUGACUGCAGCGGUGUACUAGCAACCAAAAGCAAUCACAAGACGGUUUUUUUGUGCAGCACCCUAUUUGUAACCAGUCUCAGCUAGCAACAGUCUGCAAUCGCUAGCAACCAAGUGAUUUCCAACCAGUGAGCCACCGGUGUAACACAGGCAACUCUAAACAUAGUACAUUUCACUACACUGAACAAUAAACAGUGGUGGGUUACCAUUAUUUGUCCUCAGUGAAAUAAUGCAAUAACAUGUAUGUGGUGUUAACAGUGCAUCCACAUCAAAUAUAUUACUCUCCAUAUUGUGGUAUUGAGUGGUGUAGCCUGUAGCGUUAUGAAAUAAUGGUUUGCUGGUUUAAAUAUGGUGCAAAGGCUUGCUCAAAAAUCGAGUCAGACUCAUUAGUAGAAAUUUCUGCGUAACACCUUUUUUUUCCUGUAUUCCUGACAAAUAUUUGCAGAAGUUUUCAUUAUCAGCUGUGACUUUUUUUUUUAAGACCCACAUCUGUAUGAGAGCUCACACUACAUGCAUGUAGAUGCGCACUGUCGGAUGUGUAGGAGAGUCUACGUGUGGCAGUACACUACCAUUUAGUUUUCCAAGCUGUGACACUAGAGGUUCCUUCUGAGGACACCAGUGUAGAUGAACCUGAGAUACCAUGCGUAAUCCUGAAAUCUGAGACAUUUGCCUGUCGAAUGGUUCACGUUCUCAAAGCUUAUCUCCGAAUUUUUUUCCCCCAUAUUUAUAGGCUAAAGCAAAUAAUUAAAAAAAUGCAGUAAAUUGAUCAAAAUGAAUACAAGCGACUCUUUAUCAGAUCAACGUGUGACACUGAAAAUUGAAAAUAAAAUUUAUUACAGGCUGCAAAUCCUGCUUCAGCAACCUUGUGGUUUGUAGUGCAUCUCUGUCCCAGAGAUGAGGCACAGGAGCGGCUGCAGCAUUGUCUUUUAAAUGUUCAGGGGAAUUGAUUUCAUCUGUCACAAGUCUGAUUAAAGAGAAAUCUUGCCAUUCUUUGGGACUGACAGUUGAAAGUUUACCACAACUAUGUGUUACUACCUGUAAAGAGUAAAACCACACAAACUAUUCAUAAAGUUUUCAUCAGAUGUAUUUGUGGAUACAUUUGGAAUCAACUUACUAGACUCCAGUUCGCUGUAAAGCAACAGGAUCAAGUGCAGAAAGGUUGAACUCGGCGUGAGAACAGAAAUGCUCUUCCCUUUUUCUUUCAGCAAACAAUAACAUGUAUCGAUUUUACUAUGAAUUGCCUGCAAAGUGCAUUAGUGUCCCAGGUGAUUGAUUUAGCCAUUAAUGAAUACAUGUGCUUCCUGCCAACAACCAUUAUUACAGACUGGGAGUCAUUUCAUAGCUGCAGCCAAGUCCUUUAUUAAGUUAUUUAAGCCAAACUCUGUUACUUAUUUUAAAAAAGAUUAAGCCACAAUAGUCAUAUUUUUACCCUUUAAGUUAUGAAUUCAAUUUGAUUGAUUUUCCUCACUUGAGUGAUUGAAAUGCCAGUGUCAUCAUCAACCCCGCAUGACCAGGCUCUUAGCGAAUCGUACUAUUUUAGAGGGGAAAUGAAUCAAGCAUUCCGGAAAUAUUUCACUCUUCAUUUUUGUAAUGCUAAAAUAUGUUGUUGAAACUUCCUCUGGCCAUAUUUAGAAAAUCUACCUCGUGGUAUCUAGAUAAAAGAAGAAAAAAAAAAGUCUAAUACUAAAGACAGCCAUCAGCAGCACAUAAGGUUAGUCUUCAACCAUGUUCUCUAAACUUGCUCUUAACUGUCUGUCCUUUCAGCUGAUGUGUGUAAAUGAACAAAAUUCAUUUAGCUGAAAAUGGCUUUUUCAGUGUGAGGUUUUCUCAAAAUAUCCAUCUCAAAUAAUUCUUAAAUAUCAGAGCUUAACACUUCUAUGUAUCCUCUUAGCUGCACACCCGACGUCUAUAAUGUUUCAACAUGGCUGGAAAAAGGGGGGGGGAAAGCUAUUCCUGCACCCCUAACCACCUCUGCCUAUUCUUUCCUGUUAAAAACAUUUAAGUUUGGGAAAUCUGUCUAUUUAGCAUAAUAACAAAGUUCAUGUGGGAUUGAAUGAUGCUCUGUUUUCUUCUUUCUGCCAUCAUGCACACAAGCGUAAUCUAUAAUCCUUAGAGCAGGUGCCAACAUGGCCUUCCUUCGUGGGUUUUUGCUGAAAUGUUAAAAGUCUGUGUUUUAUAACCUCAACUGGGCCUGGAUCAAAUCGCAUGUAGAAUAAGUCACAGGGACGUUUAAUGUGGUUGGAGUUGGGGAUUGUUUUCUCCAACAGAAGAAAUUCCCCCCCCCCCCGGGUGUGCCUGGUGCCCAGAGCAGAUUUAUAGAAGUCGUUUUGAGUUAUUUGCGAAGCCGUUUGAUCCGGGUCUCAUCCCUAUCUUAAACAAAACACAAUACGUCACCUCUGUUCUGUGGCUAUUUCAUCACCUUUGUCUUCUGUUUUCAUAUUGCAAUGCAUAUGUUAUGUAAUGUAUAUAGUGUAAAAUAAAAUGGGUUUGUUUUACAUACUGUAUAAUUGCCUAUAUUUUGUUUCAGAAGUGUAACAGAUUUAUGAGAUGACAGGUUAACACAUUAAAAAGAUGGAACUGAA